UGGGGUUUGCCUUUUUCUUUGUAAACAAAAUGUGUUAAAGAUAAGGUUGAGGAGCUUAGCCGACCACAAGCAUUGGACUACCAAGAAGAGAAAUAUGCAUCUGUGCUCUAUCCUGUGACUGUUAGAUGAUAAAAAGUGAGCCGCAAAAAGCUCUAUCCAUAAUACUCCUCGACCAGGUUGAUGCACAAAGCAAGGAACAUGGCCCACCACUCAACGGGUCCCGCCCCAUUUGUCAACUAUGUUAUUUUUUCGGUCCCAAGUCCCAAGUCCCAAGUCCCAAGUCCCAUCUCUCUCUCUCUCUCUGGAGAGUGGAGAUAACCAAGCUGUAACCCAAAGCUCUUCUCUUCCGGGUAGUAGAAUAUAUUCACUAUUAGAGAAAGCCCAGCCAUGGCUAAUGCUCACCUUUUCUCUCCCAACUUCACUCCUAUCACCUCUGCACACCCGAUUAACCACUUCAACUUCUACCCCCCUCCUGUUCGCUUAAGCCUUCCUCGCCAUGGAGAGAAGAGGGAUUUCUCAUUGCUAGCUGUAGCUUCCACUUCACUUUCACCAGUCAACGUGGGCUAUUUGAAGAGAGAAUUCAGUGGCCACGGAGUCAGCUUUGUAGAAAUUGGUGAGAGCUGUGUGCUUGGGAUGGGACUGGAAAAUGGAAGUACGGCCAACCUGAUGCUCCCGAGUGGUAUGAUCACUUCAUACAAGGCUCCUAUGUGGCAUGGGAGCACGCUUGAGGUGCUACACACAUGGGUUUCAGAGGGUGAACAGGGUCAGGCUGUUGUUCGAGGAGGGGUGUAUCCGUGUUUCAAGUGCUCGAGUGAUGGUGCAGUGCCAUGGUCUCCAAGUAGUUGGGCUCUUCGUGAUGUUAGAGGGAGCCCUCGGAACUUCAUCCAGGUUGAACUGAUUAGUGGUGAUUCUGAUGACUUGAUUGAAGUUACAUACAUUGUAACGCUCCAACCAGAGCUCCUAAGCUCGGAGCUUGUAAUUUCUAACUUGAAAUCUUUGCCUCUCCAAUUGGUAGGUUCUGUUAUGACCCAUCUGACAGUAAGCACACCAGAUGCAACUUAUGCUGUUGGUCUGGAAGGAUCAAAUUACUUCAGCAGGCCUCCAUUCAUAUCAGACUUCAGUAUUGUUCCUCCUAAAUUUAGUCAGGAAAAACGGCCAGUUUCCAGGCAAUUGUCAGGCAAUACAGCACUUGGACGAUUGUUGAGCUCGGGUAGAACAGGUGAGAGGGAAGACAGAGAAAUGGAAGAAGAAUUGGAGGGCGAAGAGAAUGCCAACUAUGCACAGCUAACAGAGAAAAUGAGCAGAGUUUACACGAGUGCACCUAGAAGGUUCACAAUCGUCGAUAGGGGCAGAAGAAACUCUGUUAUAGUAGGGAGAGAAGGAUUUGAUGAAAUGUACAUGUUCAGUCCCGGCUCAAAAUAUGAAUGGUACAGCAAAUAUGCUUAUAUCUGUACAGGUGCAUCAGCUGUGCUGAAACCAAUAAUUGUGGAUCCUAAAGAUGUAUGGAGUGGUGGGCAAUAUUUACACAAUCCCAAUCUCUAAACCAAAAGAAAAUUUAUGCUGUAUUUUCUUCUUUGAGCUUGUCUUCAAUCCUUUUUAAAUAAGUACACUGAUUUGCCUUGUUUUCUUU